GCUCGUGGUGCUCUGAUGGACCAGUUUGUUGAUCGGGCUGAAGCACGGCUGAACCGGCUCGAUGGUGAAGACAAAGGUAUAGUGGAAGUGCUGAUGUGUCGUGAAAGGGCGAGGGGAAACUCUCUGGGACGUGUGUUUGUGGGUCAGAUGAGAGAGCUGGUGUCAUCGUUGCAUCAUGAUGCAGCGGUUCGUGUGGUGGUCUUCAGGAGUUUGAUACCCGGAGUCUUUUGUGCAGGGGCAGAUCUUAAGGAGAGAGCUCAGAUGAGUAACCCUGAGGCAGAGCUGUUUGUACAUGGCCUACGAUCACUAAUGAAUGACAUCGCUGCGCUGCCCAUGCCAACCAUCGCAGCAGUGGACGGCUUUGCUCUCGGGGGCGGUUUGGAAUUGGCACUAGCGUGUGACCUUCGCACAGCAGCACAUUCUGCACAGAUGGGCCUGAUUGAAACCACGCGAGGAUUACUCCCAGGGGCUGGAGGCAGUCAAAGGUUGCCCCGGACGGUCGGCUUUGCCAUCGCGAAGGAGCUGAUUUUUACAGGCCGGCGUGUCGGGGGAGAACGAGCUGCAGAGUUGGGGCUGGUCAACCGCUCCGUGCCACAGAACCAGACGGGAGACGCGGCCCACAAAGAGGCUCUUAGUCUCGCACGAGAGAUCCUGCCUCAGGCCCCGAUUGCCGUGCGAAUGGCUAAAGUAGCCAUGAAUCGAGGCUCUGAGGUGGACAUCUCUUCAGGAAUGGCUAUUGAGGGAAUGUGUUACGCCAGGCUCAUUCCUACACGGGACAGACAGGAGGGCAUGGCUGCGUUUAUAGAAAAGAGGCCUCCAAGGUACACUGGAGAGUGAAAGUCUGACUCUGCAAAACACGUUUCAAAUCCACAUGGUACUACACUGGGUUACAUGGCGUUACUGCAUUGUACCCAGUGUUGGGUUUCAAUUUCCUUUAAAAUCUGAGCUUUGUAAUGCCUAAAAAUUACUACCACAAAUAAUUUCAAAAGGACUUUAUCAUGUUGUACCUUUUUCAUUUGUAAAAAAAUGAAAACCAAUGUAAAAUUUUGAGCUUGGAUAUUCUUCAAAUUUUAAUGAUACUUUAAUUUGAAAAAGUACUUUAAAAUGAAUGUAUUAAUAAAGAUUAACAGCAGACCGAAGCAGCAGGGGUUUUACAUUCUUUAUUCCCCAAACAUAACUUGCAUAAAUCUGAAUCUGAGCAGCAGUAUGACACUAGUUUACUCUUGUUUUGCUGCUCAAUCCACAUAUGUGAGGAAGUGAGGAAGAGAACAGUAGUGUGGCACAAAACCAAAAAUGGAAGGCCACAUACAUGAUGAGGGUCUCCACGCUCGGCCUGUAGAGUCCAGUGAACUCGUUUGGUCCAUUUACACAGCGGCAGAUUCAAUUUAACGUCAGUAUUUGUUAAUGUUGAAGCUGAAUCCAAAAACGGGCAUUGUUGUGAUGUAUUUCAGGUGUAUAAACCUGGCCAAAGAUUUACAGUACAAAUUUUAACAAAUACUUACAGUAUAUAUUUCAUGCAAUCUGCAAGAACAGCUGCAUGACACAAUAAGAUUUUCUGGAACAAAGCACAUUUGCUGGAGCAUCUAUCUCAUCAUAAAACAUGGCCCAGUUACAAACAGAAAACCAAA